AUGUCGAUGACUGAUGGUCAGGAGAAUGUUGGCAACCUCGAGGAGGACGAUGACGAAGACGUGGCUCACCCUAGCGAGAAAGUCAAGGCCGAGGAAACUAUAGAUGCUAUGGAAGAGGAGGAGGAUGAGGUCGACCCGCUUGACGCCUUCAUGAGCGGCGUCAAAGAGGAGGUGAAGAAGGUCAACCUAGAGGACCUGAAGAAGAUGAAAGUUAAUGGUAGCGGUCGUAUGCGCCUCGACAACAGCGCAUUGGAUGACGGUGCCGACGACGUGGACGGUCCCGAAGUCGACGAGCUUGACGCCACGGACCUCAACCCAGAGGAUAUCCUUGCUCUCGCAGCGAAGAAGGCAAAGAAGAAGGAGCUCGCCGCUGUGGAUCAUUCCCGCGUUGCCUACGAGCCGUUCCGCAAGGAGUUCUACGCCGCACCUCCAGACGUCGCCGCAAUGACCGACGAGGAGGCCGACCUCCUCCGGCUUGAGUUGGAUGGCAUCAAGAUUCGGGGAGUUGACUGUCCGCGGCCUGUCGCGAAGUGGAGCCACUUCGGUCUCCCUGCUAGCUGUCUGGAGGUCAUCAAGAAGCUAAACUACACCGCUCCUACGCCUAUCCAGGCUCAAGCUGUACCUGCAAUCAUGUCCGGUCGAGACGUCAUUGGUGUAGCGAAGACAGGGUCAGGAAAGACCAUCGCGUUCCUUCUACCACUCUUCCGACACAUCAAAGACCAGCGACCACUAGACCAAAUGGAAGGUCCAAUGGCAGUCGUCAUGACGCCUACCCGAGAGCUUGCAGUCCAAAUACAUAGGGAAUGUAAGCCUUUCCUUCGUGUCCUGAAUCUUCGCGCUGUAUGUGCUUAUGGUGGUUCACCGAUCAAGGAUCAGAUCGCAGAGAUGAAGAAGGGUGCGGAAAUCAUCGUCUGUACGCCUGGUCGCAUGAUCGACUUGUUGACUGCCAACUCGGGCCGUGUCACUAACCUCAAGCGCGUUACGUACCUCGUCCUUGACGAAGCCGACCGGAUGUUCGACAUGGGCUUCGAACCUCAGGUCAUGAAGAUCGUCAACAACAUCCGUCCCGACCGGCAGACCGUCCUCUUCUCCGCAACCUUCCCGAAGCAGAUGGAUUCGUUGGCACGCAAGAUCCUGCGGAAGCCGCUCGAGAUCACGGUCGGUGGCCGGUCUGUCGUUGCUCCCGAGAUCGACCAGAUCGUUGAGGUCCGGGAUGAAGACUCCAAGUUCAACCGGCUUUUGGAGAUACUCGGGCAGACGUACAACGAGGACCCCGAAUCGCGGACACUCAUCUUCGUUGACCGCCAGGAAGCCGCCGAUAACCUCCUGCGCGAGCUCAUGCGCAAAGGCUACCUGUGCAUGUCCCUGCACGGUGGCAAGGACCAGGUCGACCGCGAUUCGACCAUCGCCGACUUCAAGUCCGGUGUCGUGCCCAUCGUCAUUGCGACGUCUGUGGCCGCGCGUGGCCUCGACGUCAAACAGCUGAAACUGGUCAUCAACUACGACGCGCCGAAUCACAUGGAGGACUAUGUCCACCGCGCAGGCCGUACCGGGCGCGCAGGCAACAAGGGCACAUGCGUCACCUUCAUCACGCCCGAACAAGAUAGGUACUCCGUUGACAUCUAUCGUGCACUGAAGGCUAGUGACGCGAACAUGCCCAAGGAGCUUGAGGACUUGGCUAACGGAUUUCUUGAGAAAGUCAAAUCCGGAAAGGCGAAGGCAGCAGGCUCAGGCUUCGGUGGCAAAGGUCUUGACCGACUUGAUCAGGAACGUGACGCUAAGGAAAAAGCUGAGCGCAAAGCGUAUGGUGAACCGGAAGAGGAGAAAGCCACCGAAGAGGCGGCGGCGGCGACGAAGGCGGCGCCUGUUGAUGAUAUGACCUUCGGCAGCUUCAAGGUCGAAGUCAAGCGCGGUCCCGCUCCGGACUCGUCGAAGGGCCAGCUUGGCGUUGCGGGUGCUGCGGCUGCGGCUCGUCGCCUCGCACAGGCCAAAGAGGAGGAGAAGCUGCAGAACUCGCUUCGUGCCGCGGAGGAAGCGGCGGCGCGUGCGGGCAAAGAUACCGCUGCGCACAAGCAAGCACUCAGCGUGGUGGCGAAAUUGAACGCGCAGCUGAGGGCGCACAAGCUGGUCGCGCAGUCGCAGGUUGGGCACGAGGAUCUUGGGAAGAAGUCGAACAUCGACGCGACGGAGUUCCAUGCUAUCAUACCUAUCAACGACUACCCGCAGAAGGCGAGGUGGCGUGUCACGAACAAGGAGACCAUGGUGCAGCUCAUCGAUAUGACUGGAGCCUCGGUGACCAACAAAGGUAUCUAUUACGAGCAGAGCAAAGAGCCUCCCCCCGAUGGCCCGCCCAAGCUGCAUCUUCUCAUCGAGUCGAAUGAGGAAUGGAGGGUCGAGCAAGCGGUGCGUGAGAUCAAGCGUUUGCUUGUUGAGGCUUCUGCGGCUGCCUUGCAGGCAGAGAUGCGUAAUCCCACCGCCACUGCUGGUCGGUAUAGUGUAGUCUAG